ACCCCAACCGCUUUUUCCCGUCUUCCCCCGAGUAAAUAACCCCUUGCCCUCACGCUUGAUAACUCGAGCGCCAUUGGAGGAGAAGAAAGAAUCGAAGGAGAGAUCGAUCGAUCGAGGGAAGAUGUGUGGGAUCUUCGCGUAUUUGAACUAUAAGGUGGGGAGGGAGAGGAGGUACAUCCUGGAGGUGCUCUUCAACGGGCUGAGGCGCCUCGAGUACAGGGGCUACGACUCCUCCGGGAUCGCGAUCGACUCCGAUCUCGACUCGGACCCGGUCCUAGUGGAGGGCGGAGGGAAUGGAGGGGCGCAGGCCGGGAGGCCGCCCUACGAUUCGGCCCCGCCCCUCGUUUUCCGGCAGGAAGGGAAGAUCGAAUCCCUCGUUGGAUCCGUGUAUUCCGAGGCGGAUGUAAUGGACUUAAAUUUGGAGAAGCCUUUUUCUGUUCAUGCCGGAAUUGCGCACACACGAUGGGCUACUCAUGGUGUGCCUUCUCCAAGAAAUAGUCAUCCACAAUCAUCGGGUCCAUGGAAUGAGUUUGUUGUUGUUCAUAAUGGUAUUAUAACUAAUUAUGAGGUUCUAAAGGAGACAUUAAUUAGACACGGGUUCACAUUUGAAUCAGAUACUGAUACAGAAGUUAUUCCAAAGCUUGCAAAAUUUGUAUUUGAUAAGGCCCGUGAUGAAGGAGGUGAACAGGCUGUCACUUUUAGUCAAGUUGUUACAGAAGUUAUGAGGCAGCUUGAAGGAGCAUAUGCACUUAUAUUUAAAAGCCCGCACUAUCCAAAUGAGUUAAUUGCCUGUAAGCGUGGCAGCACAUUGAUACUGGGAGUAAAAGAACUAACUGAUGCAAAUACUGGAACAUUGUUUCAUGAUGUUAAAGCCCUCACAACAAAUGGGAAGCCAAAGGAACUUUUUUUUUCCAGUGAUUUAUGUGCUAUUGUGGAACAUACUAAAAAUUAUUUGGCUAUUGAAGAUAAUGAAGUUGUCCACAUUAAGGAUGGUUGUGUAUCAAUCCUUAAGUUUGAUUAUGGCAAAGAGAAGCCAGCAUCGGUGCAACGUGCAUUGUCUGUUCUUGAGAUGGAGGUUGAACAAAUAAAGAAGGGAAACUAUGAUCACUUCAUGCAGAAAGAAAUUCAUGAACAACCACAUUCAUUAACUACAACAAUGAGGGGAAGGCUCAGAGAUAAUGAUGUGGUUUUGGGUGGGCUUAAGGUUCACCUGAAAACAAUCAGGCACAGCAGAAGGAUAAUCUUCAUUGGUUGUGGUACAAGUUAUAAUGCAGCUUUAGCUGCAAGACCAUUUUUGGAAGAGCUAUCUGGUAUCCCUGUUGCUAUGGAGCUUGCAAGCGACUUGCUGGACAGGCAGGGUCCAAUAUACAGAGAAGAUACAGCAGUUUUUGUUAGUCAGUCUGGGGAAACUGCAGAUACCCUACUUGCCCUUGAAUAUGCCUUAGAAAAUGGGGCAUUGUGUGUUGGCAUAACAAAUACUGUUGGUAGUACAUUAGCCAGAAAAACACACUGUGGUGUUCACAUAAAUGCUGGGUGUGAAAUAGGAGUUGCUAGCACAAAGGCAUAUACAAGUCAGAUAGUAGUUAUGGUCAUGGUGGCAUUGGCUAUUGGAGCUGACAAAAUAUCCACACAAUCUAAAAGAGACGCUAUUAUCAAUGCUCUUCAUGACCUACCAAAUCAAGUAAGUGAGGUCCUGAAACUGGACAGCGAAAUGAAAGAUCUUGCUGAGUCAUUGAUAGAGACACAAUCUCUUCUUGUAUUUGGUAGAGGCUACAACUACGCCACUGCCUUAGAGGGUGCUUUAAAAGUGAAAGAAGUAGCACUCAUGCACAGUGAAGGUAUGCUUGCAGGCGAAAUGAAACAUGGCCCAUUGGCAUUAGUGGAUGAGACUCUCCCGAUCAUUGUUAUUGCCACACGUGAUGCUUGUUUCAGUAAACAGCAAUCGGUAAUUCAGCAGCUUCAUGCACGUAAAGGCCGUUUGAUUGUUAUGUGUUCAAAUGGAGAUGUAUCCUCUGUGUGUCCUAGUGGAUCUUGCAGAGUCAUUGAGGUCCCUCAGGUUGCCGAUUGCCUUCAACCAGUAAUUAAUAUAGUUCCAUUGCAGGGCUUUAUGAUGCCAAUGAAACAAAUGCUACUCUGCAAACUCUUUAGAGAUCUGCCCUCGUUUCACAUCUGAAUCCUGAGAGAUUUUUAAACAGCGAGAGAUCAUUGCAUAUUGGUCAAAAGACUGCAAUACCACAAGAUUCAGCAUUGGAUAAGCUUACAACGUGUUUAAAACAAUUGUUCAGUGGAUAGUACAGCACCUGAACUUGGUAAACUUCUGCCGUUUUGGACCUCUGAAGCUAUCUGUUCCAUGCGGGCUUGCUUAAUAAAAUGGUUGUAUCGCUAUGAAAGUCUAAAGUCUACCCUCUUGUCUUAUAAAAUUGUAGGCCAUAGGAUUUUAAUCCCAUAUGUUCGGUUUUGGAUUUGAUGUAAGAACUCGUUAAGCUAGACCAAAACUAGAUGACUUCAGAGAAUGUCAACUAAUGAUAUAUGGGGACAGUGCGUCUGAAACUUAAUGCAUUCAUGAUGACAGGCUCAUGAAUGAAUAGGCCACAUUCAAAAUUUUUCCAAUUCUGGGCUUACUGUUUCGUAUGCCUUCUUUUUCUCAGCCACAUUCCUUGUCUACAUUCGGCAACAUUUUUGAUAGUCCAAACAAUAAAUAAUUUUGGAGUUCUUGCUCCAUCUGAGCAUUAUGUAACUUGUAAUAGUCACUCAGAAGAGGAACAUGUUAUUUGUUACUGAUGGUAUGCAUGUGAAUUUUGGUCAACGAGUACUAGUUAAUUUGGAGGUGAAUAGUUUCUCCUGCA